AUGCCAAACCCAUCACUCCAAGCCCCAGAUCAUCCCAUUGCUCUGCGCCGCUCGCACCUCCUCGCCCCCGCACCGGACAGACUAACCAAUACCCCCACAACCCUACGAAUAAUUCGUGAAAACACCAUCUCAGGCCGCGACUUCAGCGUCCACCAACUACGCACACAUGAAGAACUCACCAGCCCAAGACGCCACGCGCUCCUCUUCACCGUCUCCGGCCGCUUCUGGAGUAAAUCGCAGCUUCGCGAAAUACGCGAUGCAAGCGGCCACCCCUUACUUGAACUCCGCCGUAUCUGGUGGAAAGGACAGUGGUCCGUUCGCCGCCCAAGCGCAAGCGGAACAGGCCCGGACCUCCUCCUCGCCGAGAUGCGGUGGGGAAUAGGAAUGAAGAUGGGAAUCCGAUUUGAAAACGCCCUACUCCGCGGAGUAUGGGAUCGCGAAGAAAUGGCCGAAAUGAAUAGAACGGCUAUUCGGAAUCGGCGCCAUAAUCGCAGUCUCAGUUUGGGUCAUUCGCCCUAUAGUCGACGGGGGGAGCUUCGGUCGUUACGCACUAGGAUACCGCAGCGCGAUCCUGUGUCGGGAGGGAUUGCGAAUUUAAAUUUGCCGCAUUACGAACAUCCCGACCAUCAUCAUCCUCCGCCUUAUAGUCAUGUUAUGGCGGAGGAUCAGGCGCAGCAGAGUAGUGGGAGUGGAAGUGGAAGUGGAGGGGGAGGGGGGAGUGGAGGGAGUGGGACUGAGAGUGAUGAUUCUUUCUCGGAUGAUGAUGAGAAGCGAGAUUGUCCUCUUCCUUCUUACGAUUCUGUUCGACGAAUGCGUCGGUUCUCGAGUCAUUCGUUGCGGGAUCUACUUGAUGCUAUUGAACCUCCUGGGGAACCGGCGCCGGCGUCGUCUUCUUCUUUGUCGUCGCCGAGACCGCGCUCGGAAGGCGCGAUAAAUACUAAAGUGGAGCUUAAGCUUGUGCAGCAGAGUAGCACUUUUGCGGCCGUGAUGAUGGGGGAGAAAAGGAUUAUUCAUGUUCGGCGAGAGAAGAUCUUGGAUUAUAAUCUGUCAGGACCUACGCCGAAAUGGGAGGUUGAGGUUGCAGAGGGAGUGGAUCUGUUACUGGCGACGAGUAUCGUACUUAUUUUGGCGGAGUCUGUCAAGCAUGAAUAUCGGAUGAGGACAAACUAG